AUUGUAUCGACAAUAGAUAUACUUGGGAGACAAGAAAGCCCAUUUUUAGGGGACAUUGGAGACAAUGGAACCGAAGAAAGUGGCGAUCAUCGGAGCCGGAAUUAGCGGGCUAGCGGCUUGCAAAUAUAUUCUAUCCAAAGGAUUGGUUCCAAUUGUGUUGGAGGCUAGAGGGGCCAUUGGCGGCGUUUGGAACGAGACACUCAAGUCGACAGUAUUGCAAACGCCUAAACAGAUAUUUCAAUUCUCCGAUUUCUCUUGGCCGAAAUCGGUGACGGAAGAAUUUCCGUUGUAUAAUAAAGUUCUCGAUUACAUCAGAUCUUACGCCGAACAUUUCGGAUUGAUGAAGUACAUCAGACUCAACUCCAGAGUCCUUAGUAUGGAGUAUGAAGGCUUCUCCGACAAGGAGAUUGAAGGUUGGACUCAUUGGGGCAACUCUGGCAACGCCUUUGCUGAACAUAGUAAAUGGAGGAUCAACGUCGUUGACGCUCGGACUAAUGUUCCGCUCCCGGUGGUGGUGGCAGAUUUCGUAGUACUCUGCGUCGGAAGAUUCAGCGAUGUUCCAAAUAUCCCCGUAUUCCCUCCCAAUAAAGGCCCUGAAGCUUUCAAAGCCGGUAAAGUUCUUCACUCUAUGGAGUAUUCCGCCAUGGAUUUCGAAAGUGCUACGAAGCUCAUCAAGGACAAGCAAGUCACUAUCGUCGGUUUCCACAAGUCCGCUCUCGACCUCGCCAUGGAAUGCGCCAAUACCAAUGGCCCUAACAAACCCUGCACUAUGCUUUAUAAAACCAAGCACUGGAUCCCUCCUGAUACUCGUCCAUGGGGGAUUUCUUUUGGUUUUCUCUUCAUGAAUCGAUUUGCUGAGCUUAUGAUUCACAAACCUGGCGAGGGUUUCCUUCUCUAUCUCCUCGCCAUUCUUCUUUCCCCAAUUAGAUGGUUGUUCUCGAAGAUUGUGGAAACCCAUGUGUUGAGGAAAUUAAACUUGGCCAAAUAUGGGAUGGUGCCAGAGCAAAGCUUUCUACAAGACAUUGGCUCCUGUAUAUACUCAGGAUUGCCUGAAAACUUCUACGACAAAGUGGACGAAGGAAGUAUAAUUUUGAAGAAUUCCCCAAGUUUCACCUUCUGUGAAGAGGGUGUCAUGAUCAAAGGAGAAACCAAACCGAUUCGCUCAGAUUUGGUCGUUUUGGCUACUGGAUACAGAGGGGAUUUAAAGCUUAAAGAUAUCUUUGCUUCCCCUACUUUUCGGGAUUACAUGUCUUUUGGUGAUUUAAUAGUUCCCAUGUACAGGCAAUGUAUUCAUCCAAGAAUUCCACAGUUAGCUGUGAUUGGUUUUACAGAAAGCAAUUCAAACUUGUACACCUCAGAAUUAAGGAGCCGAUGGCUGGCGGAGUUUCUAGAUGGCACAUUCAAGCUACCAAGCAUCAAAGAGAUGGAGAAGGACAUAGCUAACUGGGAGAAGUGUCUGAAGCUUUAUUCAGGCCCUGCCUACAAGCGAGGUUGCAUUGCCAUCUUCCAUAAUUGUUAUAAUGAUCAGUUGUGUAAGGACAUGGGAUGGAACCCUAGGAGGAAAAAGGGCUUCUUUGCUGACUUGUUUCUGCCUUAUGGCCCUUUAGACUAUGCCUCCCCUUGAUAAUUUAGAACAAACAAACUUCCCCAUAUCCCUAUGAUAUCCAAUAAAUGUUGCACUCAGCAAUAGUCUAA